CCCCUCCUCCUCCGAUGAAUUGAAACGUUUUUCACCUGAGUUGCGUGCGUUACCACGUUGUGUCAUGAGCUAAGAUCGUUCAUUGAUUGAUUUUGUAAGACAUUAAGCAACGCUCUCUCAACGACGCAGGGUUUGAAAGUUAUCGUUCGCCAUGUCGGGCAGCGGUUGGAGUGAGAUCAUCACCGCCAAAGAAGAAAACCGGCACGAACUGAUUCUGUCCGGACCCACAAUUUCGGACAGAAUAGCGAAAUAUGGCAUAGACUCAGCUUUAUUCAGUUUGACAGGUCUUAAUUUUUUAAGAGUCUCUGAAACGUGCAUGGAAGAGGUGCCAGACACCAUCAGCAACUUGCAGAAUCUGUCUACUCUGGUUUUACAUUCAAAUAAGAUCAAAACCUUAACCUCUUCUCUGGGCAAACUGUCAAAGUUGAAGAAUCUGGACGUGUCCAGAAAUCAAUUAGAAAGAUUUCCUGAAGAAGUUGCUGACCUCUCAGCCUUAUAUUCACUCAAUGCAUCCUUCAACAAACUGGCAUCUUUUCCAAGUCUACUAAAGAAUUCUUGGCUCACCAUCUUAGAUUUGUCGAACAACGCCUUUGAAGAUUUUCCUGAUGUCUGUUGUGAUAAAUUAUGCCAUUUAUCUGAAAUAAGACUGGGUUCUAAUAAUAUUAAAGGAAUUCCCCACAAUAUCAAUGUUCUUCCUGCUCUAAAGCUCCUUGACUUAUCUGAAAAUAAAAUUAAGGAUGUUCCUGGUGAAUUGGCAGACAUUUCCAAGCUGAAGGAGCUAAAUCUAAAGGGAAAUCCUUUGGCUGACAAGAGGCUAGGGAAAAUGGUACUGCAGUGCCACCCUAAGCAAGUUUUGGAAUAUAUUCGACAGCAUUGUAAAAGAGAUUCUGCAUCCUCCAAGAAUACUUCAAAAGGUAAAAAAGGUCAAAGAAAGUCCAAUGCAAGUGAAUCUGACCUUACAGGAAAUAAUGAGGAAAAAAACGAGGUGGAUGACCUAUGCAACAAAAUCAAUGUUCUGCAUGUCACGGAUACCACUCCAGUUAUUACAAUUGACAAAGAGGUGAAAAGUGUUCGAGCAUACAUUGUUUGUUGUAUUGUCAGGGGACUUAGUUUUACACCUGAUAACUUUAAGAAAUUCAUCAAAAUGCAGAAUAAUUUACAUGACACGAUCUGUAAUAAACGCCAAGCAGCAACCAUUGCUACUCAUGAUCUAGCUGCGUUAUCUCCUGGUUCGCUGAAAUAUGUAGCAAGGGCUCCAGAUCAAGUGAAACUGCAGCCUCUAGGAAGCAGUAAAGAUACUCUUGCUUCAGUUGUGUAUGCAAGACUAAAAAGUCAUGCUCAGUCAGUCAUGCAAGACAAAAAGAGAAACAGAUUCUCUGGAAUUCAUAAGUUUCUAUAUCUUCUAGAGGGACAACCAUUGUUCCCAUUCUUGAUUGACGGGAGCGAUAAAGUCAUUUCUUUCCCCCCUUUAACCAACAGUAAUAUUACCAAGAUGUCUGUGAAUUCCAAAGAAAUGCUUGUGGAAGUGACAAGCUCUGCAUCUUUGGACUCUUGCAAAAAAGUGAUGAAUACUUUAUUGCUGGAGUGUGUACGUCUAGGCAUAAGUCAAAUGCCAUUGAAUGAUGAAAGUCCUGACAAGAAAAACGUUCUCACAGUAGAGCAAGUUAAGGUUGUGGACUCUGCAGGAAUUCUUCAAAUCGUUUAUCCAGCUCGCAACGAUUUAAUCUUUGAAGAAGCUGAUGGUGUUAAAGUGAUUCGAAACUACGAAUAACUUUACAUUCAAAAUAACAAUAAAUUUUUUAAAGAGUU